AUGCUUAUGGGGCGGGAGAGAGCACUACGACUACACGCGUUUACCGAACUACCAACCGACAGUGAUGACCACAUGACAACUGACUGUACCAAAUGUCAGACAGAAGAUGAGUGUGACACAUCAAAGAGCUCAGAGCAAAAUGAAAAUAAUCCACUUGGGGAAAAGACAGACGACACAGGAAAAUACCAGGGAGGCCAACCUAACCUCAAGCCCUCUGUUGAACGACUGGAAGAAAUCAAGGAAGAACAACACAUUUCCACACAAGAAAACGGCAGUGAAGAUAUCACAAUGGGCCUGAUUCCAGACCAGGAGCAAGAACCAGCAUCAAAUCCCCAACUCUCCGUCAUCAGGCAAUACCCAAAACGCCAGAGGCAAUGUCCCGCUAGGCUACAGAACUACGAAUUGCGACAAGAAAUUUGCAUCGAGGCAAGCCUAGCCAGACAUGUACAGGAGGUGCAUGCCGACCCAUCGCCCUUCAUCUGCACCACCUGUGGGGAGUUCUUCACCAGGAAGUUCAGCCUAGACCGCCACGCCGAUUCCCGAAAACAUAAUGGGAAGAAAGAUGGCGCCAAGCUUCAAGCAUCCGAGUCACGGUCCCCAUCUACCAUGCCACCAGAGCCAGACCGGUCAUCCAAAGACUGGGAGAAGUCGUUGAAGCUGCUUCACUCCGAGAUGGUUCCCGCGGUAAGCUCAUCAACGGAAAGCGACAAAUCGGCGGAGAAGAUGGUGGCAGAUCACAUAGAGGGUGAUACUCUGUUUGGCUCGAAGCUUGAAGACGAUGCAGUUUAUACAAUGGAUCUCGGGGAUACCUCGAUAGAGAUUGUGAUGUCAGACAACAUACAGGAAAAAUUCAACACACUGAAUGUAGAGGCAGAGCUUCAGGUGAGUUUAUUGGCCGGCCUGAUCAAGUUGAGUGGAUCAGGAUCCUACCUAGGGGAGGAAAGAAAGAGCGCUAGAGCUCAAAGUAUGAGUCUAAUCUACAAGCUGAGAACAGUCAAUGAAGAGAUCAUGCUUCGCCAGAACAAAGAUAAGAUCGACCUGGAAAUUCUGUCACCUUUAAAUGGGCAAACCAUCGAUGCUACCCAUGUGGUUGUUGCUAUUGAUUGGGGAGCAGUUUGCACGGUUACCUGUGAGUACGAAAACACAGAAGAUAACAAUGUCACUGAAGUCAAAGGGGCAUUGACUGCAGAAAUUAAAAAAAUCGAAGGUUUGGUUGAUGUCAAAGGGUCUGCAAAAGCAUCAUAUGAUGAUAAAAACAAAGAAAAUCACAAAAAGUUCACCUUCAAAUGUAAAGCGGAUGUGUCGGCUCCUGACAAGGAUCUACCUGUGACAUUUGAAGGUGCUGUUGAACUAGCAAAAAAUCUCCCAAGUCUAGUUCAAGCUACAAACAAAGGGAAGGGGGUUCCAUUGCUUUACACGUUGAUGCCACUGGAUGUUGUCGUCAAGAUUUGUAAUUUCCAGAUACAACUUCAAAUAAAAUACACAUCAAUCAACGACGACAUCAUCAAAAAGUGUGCACAGGUUGUGGAGGGAAUCACCAAAAAGAGACAAUCUCUCUACGAUAUUCAAAAUGAUCUGCAUGCCAGCGCCGAAUAUGUCGCUGAAGGAUCUCUAGCUAGGAUAGAGGAUAUCUUAAACAAGUUCGUUGUGCAAGAAGCUGGUUUUAAGUCUAGGCUUCAAAAUUUGGUGAAGAAAGUCAAGUCUGGAAGUGAAGGUGUCUCUAACAUCGAGGCAUGCCUGGGUGAAGAAUUGCCUGGGACACUUUCCAGUUGCAGUUUCAACGAUUCCAUUCGAGAGUUUCAAAAAGAUCUGAACAAACUUAAAUCUAUCAAAUCAUGGAAGAAGAUGGGAAUCAUCUACAUCGGGAAGAAAGAUGAAUUUACCGUGGACGACAGGGAAAUGGUGUACGUGCUCUACAAGACUGGCGAAGAGAAUGUAAAGAGCGAUCUUGAUGAGAAAAAUCGAGAGUUCUUUUUACGACUACAAAAAACUCAUGCUCAUGAGGAAGACCACAAAUUCAUUGUUGUGGACCAAGACCUAAGAGAGGAUAUUUGGCCCUCUGGUGAAAAGAAGACAACCAUUCAUAGCUUUGUAAAAGGAAGUCGAAAAUCGGAAGACAUCUACACCAAAGAGGGCCGAGACUGUGAGAUGUGUCUGAUAUGCCUACAACUCACGAGCACAGCCUACAAGCAAAAAAAUCCAAACAACCGAACAUUUGUCCAGCUAAGAUGCCCAAAUGCUUUGGCCGGAAAUGGUCAAUGUUUAGGCAACCCUGUCAAUUGGAAGUGUUCCAAAUGCAAAGAGUUGGUUGAAUAUGGCAUAGAAACUAAAAUGUUUUACUGCAAAUGCGGAGAAUCUGACCCAAACAAAUCACUCUGGCGUUGUAACGAGGAGGAUCACGGCCUGAACUACGUCACGUAUCCACACGAUAUUCUCUCUGAGGAAUUGUCAAAUCUUCGGGGUAUGAAGGAGACAAACAUCUUGAUCCUGGGUGAGACAGGCGUUGGAAAAUCGACGUGGAUCAAUGGUUUUAUUAACUAUAUUCACUAUGCUGAUCUUCAGGAAGCAUUGAAUGCCAAGGACUUUCAGGUUUUAAUACCGUCCAGUUUCACCUUUACACAACACGGGACGAUUAAGAAGAUAAUGGUUGGGGAAAGUGACACCAAUGAGAACAUGGAAGCCGGAAAAUCUGCAACCAAAGAGCCUCAAUCUUAUGUCUUCCCCUUUGGAACGGAAAUCGUUCGCUUGAUUGACACACCAGGAAUAGGAGAUGUUGAAGGUAUACAAGAAGAUCGGAAAAACUUUGACAAUAUACUAUCACAUCUGACCUUCUACGAGGAGAUUCAUGCUGUGUGCAUACUUCUCAAACCUAACAAUUCUCGUCUAACAGCAAUGUUCCGCUUUUGCAUCCAAGAACUCUUGGUCCAUCUGCAUUCGUCGGCCAAAGACAAUAUUGUAUUCUGCUUCACCAAUGCUCGAGCUACAUUCUAUCAGCCUGGAGACACCUUGCCAACCCUUAACAGAGAGCUCAGGAAUAAACAGGUUGGAAUUGAAGCUUCUCCAAGCAACUACUUCUGUUUUGAUAACGAGCCUUUCCGCUUUUUGGCUUGUGUGAAAAAUGGGGUGGAAUUUAGCCCAGUGGAGAUAACAACUUAUGCUGACAGCUGGAACAAGUCUGUUGAAGAAACCAAGAAGCUAUUUAAGUACAUCAGCUUUUUGACGCCCCACAAUAUUCGGAAUACUUUGAGUAUGAAUGAGACUCGAAGAAUCAUCUUGGCCAUGAGCAAACCCUUGGCAGAAGUGGCCAAGACAAUCCAACAAAAUAUACAAGAAGGCAAGGAGGUUAUGAAACAAAUUGACCUGGUUGACAAAGAUAUGGACAGCUUGAAAGCCAAAUUGAAGUUUCCUGGAUUUGACCUUAAGCGCGUGGAGCUAGGCUAUCCUAGAACAGUCUGUGCAGAUUCAGAAUGUGUCAGAUAUGUCCCAAUCGGUGCAAGUGGUCUUGUGCUGGGUCUUGGCCAAAUCUUGGGCUGCCGUGUUGAAGGCGCCACCAUGCCGUUUUUUCGUCGUCUGUGA